AGUUAAAGGAGACUUCUGCCUAAAGAAGAAAGCCAUGGUAGGGUGGAGCUGAGACCCCGGUUUGGUUUCGGGGAUCAGGGCUACAUAGGGCCAAUGGCCACAGGCAGCCCCAGCACAGGGAGGGUUAAGCAUCCUCCGGGUUCCCACCCUGCUCUGGGCCCCUCCCUUGUGUUUACGUCCUCCCAAAAAUAUUCUGCCUCCAGCUGGCCUCCUUCUGUGUCCUGCCCCUCCCCCUUGAGUUAGCCUUGGGGGCCCGAGGGGGUGCCAGGGCCAGGGCUCCCAGGACUACGAGGGAGCCAGCAGGCUCGGGCGUGCUGGGGCAGAAGCGGACCUGGAGAGGCUGAGCUGCAGGGCCCGGGCUGGUGGCUCCUCUGGCUGCACACACUCUCUGCAAGGCCAGGGUGACAGAGGUGAAGCCAUGUGGCAGCUGCUGAUCCCCGUGGCCCUGUGGCUGGGCAUGGUGGGCCUGGGCAGAGCGGAGCUCACGGCGGCCCAGCAGCGGGGCCUGCAGGUGGCCCUGGAAGAAUUCCACAAGCACCCGCCUGUUCAGUGGGCCUUCAAGGAGAUUGGCGUGGACAGUGCCACAGACACGCUCUUCCCUGCAGGGACCUUUGUGAGGCUGGAAUUUAAGCUCCAGCAGACGAGCUGCCGGAAGAAAGACUGGAAAAAAGCUGAGUGCAAAGUCAAGCCCAAUGGGAGGAAGCGGAAAUGCCUGGCCUGCAUCAAGCUGAACUCUGCAGACAAAGUCCUAGGCCGGAUGGUCCACUGCCCCAUACUCACGCAGGUCCAACGGAAUUUUGUCCCGCUUCCCGGACAGCAGGAGGUAACCAGUGAAAGACCCACCUCCCAUCCCCACGCCCAGGGAGGACGAUCCCAUUAUCCCCGAGCUAAUAAAACCGCUCUCCCAGAUUCGUGCUCUCCUCCUCUUGUAUGGCCUCCUUCUCGGCUCAACUGUGGGAGCGAGGUCUUACAGGAGGGACAGGAGACUUCUGGUCCGUGCUGGGGAAAACGAAACUCACGCACGAAUGACAGGCAGCGAUGCUUCCGCCAACAGAAAGAUUUAAUAGGGAUCAGUGAGGGUGAGGAUGGGCAGCAAAGGCUCCAGGGUCCCAUGGGACAGGGGGGACCACAGCAGAGGGUCCUCUGAACAGGCAGCUUUGUAGGGUGGAGGACGCCAGCUUCGGUGCUCUGCCGCGUCCUCUCCCCAGGACUGGCCGGGACAGCAGAUGAGUGCGCCCUGCCUUUCUUACCUUUAGCCUUAGGAAAAAGCGCCUUUCUUCCCUUAAGUCUCAGACCCGCGCAGCCACGGUGGCAGCGGCCGAGGACGCGGCUCAGCACGCAGCCUCCUCCCCAGCCGCACAGCACAGGUGGCAGACAGCCUCACGCCACCAGCUGCUCGAGGACGGUCCUCACCCAUGCUAGAGGCCGCGGAGGUGGUGUGUCCUUGAAGUGCGUGGAGGGACAGUAUGGGAUCUUCCCUUGAGGUGGGGGUAGGAGGGAGGGGCUGCUCUUAGGAACACAGGUAAACAAAGAGCCCAACUUGCGGCCCGGUGGCCAGCGUGAUUAAAGCGCACAGACGCGUACCAAGGCAGGAGAGGAGACAUGGGCAGCCGGGCCGCAGUGUGCCAACCCUAGGGUCCCGUGUCCAGCUGUCACGGGCCACGGGCAUAUUCAAAACACAAAGGACGAGGCGGCGCCCGCAGGGCCGAGCGCCUGCUCGGCCCGGGCCAGGCUGUCGCUGGCCUGGCGGUCCAGCUCGUGGCACUCCUGCAGCGUGUCCCGGAACUGCCGGCACGCCUCCUCCAGGAUGGAGCUGCUCCGGGGGGGCCACGACUCCCAGUACCCUGGCUCUACCCAGGGCUGCGCCUCAGCGGCUCUCGGGCCCGGGCUGGAGCCGGGGCGCAAGGAACUGUCCAGGUCCCGGCACAGCUGGUAGAACUCACUGCCACGCCCGGUCACGCGCUCGCCAUCGAUGACCUUCAGGCCGGGCAGCAGCUCUCGGACUAGCGUGGAGUAGGAGGGGCUGGCGCACAGCGGGUUGCCGAGUCGGGCCAAGGGGUCCCGGAGCCGCAGGCACUCGAGGCCCCGCAGGCCGGCCAGACACUGCAGCUGCCCGGGGGUGGCCAGCAGGUUGCCCGCGGCAUUGAGACUCUGAAGGUUCUCGCAGGCGGCCAGCGGCUCCAGCCCCGUCAGCCGGUUGUCGGAGACAUUGAGCACCACCAGCCGGCGCAAGGAGGCCAGCGGGCCCAGCUGGGUGAGCGCAUUGCCGGACAGGUCCAGCCACUCGAGACCCAGGCACUCCCCCAGGCAGCCCAGGUCCACCAGCCCCAGACCCCGAAGCUUCAGCAGCAGGAUGGACUCCAGGGCGAACUCACCCGAGCGCGACUUGAGCAGCUGCGGUGUGACGCGCGCCCCGUCCGCCUCUCCUGGCUUCUCAGCCUGGGGCUCCAUCAGACGUGGUCCGUCCAGGCGGCCCGGGGCCCUGGUCCUGUCACAGGGACGUGGGUGCCGGGAGGGGUCGGCUGACCGCGCGCCCAGAAAAAGGCACCCUCGAGUCCGCCUGGGCCAGGGCCGGAGGCCUGUUUCCAGCACCGCUGCUCAAGGGCCGGAGGCUCCUGAGGAGAGACAAGCAAACAGUGAGCAGGCCUCUCCUGAGCGUCCUGAGUCCGCAGCCGUCGACGGCACCAAGUACCGCCCAGCCUCUGCCACUGAGGCAGAAAGCGAGCUGGCCCAGCAAGACCUGAGGCCACAGAGCCCCCCUGAGGGAGGCGGGCCAGGCGCAGGCCCCCACCUAAGCGGGGGGCCCUGACGAGGCUCGAGCGGUUACGGCCAUAGCGGACGGAAUUCAGAUUCUUCCCCUUUUCCGUAUCUGCACCAGGAGGCAAAAUCUCUAAAUUUUCCUCUUUUGGCAACCGCUCUUUAUGAUCUAUCUUUAUGAAUUCUGAGGUGUUUCUUUUUAACUAUUUUAGUUUUUGAAUAGAUUAUAGGUCACCACCACCAA